AUGUGAACCUGCUGGCGGCAAAGGGCUCUAAUUUGUUUACGGCAGAGAGAAGAUAGAGGAGGUACAACGGUUUCACCACUUAAAAGGACGUUCCUUCACCCAAAUAUUGCAUGCACAAUAAAAGACACUUGUGGGAGAAUAUUGCUAUUCUAUUACCCGCGUAAUCAGUGUAAUUCUAAUCGGUGACCAUGCAGGUUUGUUUUCUGAUUUUGCUAUCGGUUUUUUACCACACCCACGCCGCUGAUCCGGAGGUCAGUGCUGAGGGGGUGUUUGUCAAAAUCCAGGGUCAGUCCGGGGGAAUGACCAUCGGAAAGACAAAGAACCCCGACCAAGACAACAACGCGGUGAAAAUCAAAUUCGACGCAAUUCAGGAGAAGGAUUCCAGCGGCAACGUUGUUGGAACCUCAGGAAAUGCUAAGCAUAGUUUUAACAAUUUUGCUCAACUAGAUUUUACAUUUUCUAGUUUGAGAGACUCGGAGUAUGAAAAUCUUACAGCAAAAGCUAUCAAUUUCACGGCCUCUAUCAGUUCAGUUAAUGCUAAGAUGAGGGUGGAGACUUUUCUUUUUACGGAGGCUGGAAACAUCACCAUUGACGGAGAAUCAACGGUGAUUGAGAAGGGAAGUGUAAAAUUUAACAUUCAGCUUGAAGGCUGGACAUUUUGCGAUAACUCGGGGAACUGCAAAAAGGGUGAAGCUAACGAGAUCGGAGAGUAUGUUGACUUGACCAUAUCUAUCAAAGGAAAAAGCACCCCGAGCAGAAAGACGGGGAAUAACAAAAGGACUGAUGGGGAGGAGUAUGCGCUGGGAGGGGACGCCUCUGUAGCCCUGUCUAAAAAGAUUUCCAAAGACGGCGGAAGUCCUGAGAAUAUGCCGGGAAACUACCCCGCCUUCGAGACCCAGGGUAGCAAACAACUGUUUGUGUUCCGUUUCCCCAAGUUCACAAACAACGUAAUGUAUGAUCCGAUCAUUUACUCCGGUGUCGCCGACACCAGUAGUAAGGCAGCUUACAUUAGUUCCGGAUUUACUCCGCUCUUUGCGGCUUUGUUUGGCGUCUUUCUAACAUGCAAAUUAGUUCUGUAGAUAUCUAUUUUUCCUUAUGCUCUAAACUUAGUAAAUGCCAUUUAUAACAGCAUUCAUGCGACAGAUAUUCUAUGAAGAAAACAAACUUCAACAUUCGUACAUUAAUUACUGUCCACUUAAUUAGUCAGGGAUAAGUGCAGUAUACAUAUAUGGAUGAAAAAUUAAUUAGCUUUUGACUGUAAUCUAAAAAAAAAUAUUCUAUACAUUAGAAAUUAAUACUUGUUUAAUUUUACUUGUUUUGAUAGUUAAUUGAGCAUGUGUUUGUAGAUUUUCUGUAGUUAUUUAUGUUUUAGAAAUCAAUGUGCAUCAUUUCAUUAAAGAAAACACCCAUCUCAUUUUAAAGCAUGAAUCAGAAAGUAAAUAUGUACAACUGCGUUGUUGAAUUUGCUUCAGUUUUAUUGGUGUAUGUGAUUGUAAAUAUUAAACAUACUCAUCAAUAAUGUAACAAAAA